CCCCUCCGGGAGCUGAGGCGCCCUCCGGAAGCAUUUCCAACUUUCCAGAAGUUUCUUGGGACGGGCAGGAGUGGGUGGGGAGAUCCAUAUAUAGAUCCUGAGCGCCAGGCAGCGGACGGAGAAUAGUCUGUCCGCGGCUCCAGAGCGUGACUUGCGUCCGGGUCCAGGGGCAGCUGAGGGGUUCAGAAUCGGGACGCUGGAUGGUGAUGGAACCAGAGAACUGAGGCGGAGAGCGGGUCCGGGGGAGCCUGUGCACUGGAUGGGCUGGAGAAAGUGCUGAGCACCUAAAAGUUCAGCAAAAGGCUGGUGGUGGCGGAGAGGAGACAGUGGGGCCAGGGCCAGGGCCCUGAGUGGACCCUCUGCAGGAUGGAGGGAGAUGGGUUCCUGCCCUUUCUGCAGGGCUGGGGCCGGCCAGCUUUGCACUCCGUUCCUGGAGGCCUAGAGGCCAGCAGUGAAGGAGUGAUGGCCCAGUCUCCUCUGAUUCUCGAUGGGGGUCAUCUGAGAGGUGAAAUCGUGCUGGCUUUUGUUGUAGUGGGAGUCUCGAAGGCUCGUUAGCUUCCCAUACAGGGGAGGAGUCCCCAGUGGUGGGCCCAUUUCUGAUCUGUAGUGUGGCAGCUGGAGGGACGGCCUGAGCUGCGCCGCUCUCCCUGUGAAGGUCUGCACCCUGAGGUGGGGGAGGGACGGACCCGAGAGAUUUGUGGCAGCUCCUGUUCUGCCCGCCCACCUGGUUCCUGUGGAACCUCGGGUUUAGGCUUCCUACCCCCGGCGCAGGGACAUUCCUGAGACGCCUGGAGAGAAGAAGGAGAGCACUUCCAGCCCGGCCCUAAGACCGGGCCCCUCCUCCCUCCCGGUUUCCUUCUGGUCUCUCUGGGCUGCAGGGCCCAGAUGGAGACCUGGGGAAACUGGGGGCUUUAACAGCAAGGAAGUUUGACUGGGACCACACCCUCCCGUUUUUCAGAAGAAUGAAAAAGGCAGGCAUUGACUACCCUCUGUGGCAGUUUCAAGGUACCCCAUGGUGCACACAGCCCACCUCUCAGCCAUGCGCUGCCUCCUGCUACUUGGUACUUUCAGCCUCCUGGCGGUGGCCCUGGCAGCUGAGGUGAAGAAACCUGCAGCAGUGGCAGCUCCUGGCACUGCAGAGAAGCUGAGCUCCAAGGCAGCCACACUGGCUGAGCGCAGUGCUGGCCUGGCCUUCAGUCUGUAUCAGGCCAUGGCGAAGGACCAGGCAGUGGAAAAUAUCUUGCUGUCACCUGUGGUGGUGGCCUCAUCCCUGGGGCUGGUUUCUCUGGGCGGCAAGGCAGCCACCGCAUCACAGGCCAAGGCGGUGCUGAGUGCAGAGCAGCUACGCGAUGAGGAGGUGCACACAGGCCUGGGGGAGCUGCUGCGGUCACUCAGCAACUCCACCGCCCGAAAUGUGACCUGGAAGCUGGGCAGCCGCCUUUACGGCCCCAGCUCAGUGAGCUUCGCUGAUGACUUUGUGCGCAGCAGCAAACAGCAUUACAACUGCGAGCACUCCAAGAUCAACUUCCGAGACAAGCGCAGUGCCCUGCAGUCCAUCAAUGAGUGGGCGGCGCAGACCACAGACGGCAAGCUGCCCGAGGUCACCAAGGAUGUGGAACGCACCGACGGUGCCCUGCUUGUCAAUGCCAUGUUCUUCAAGCCUCACUGGGACGAGAAGUUCCACCACAAGAUGGUGGACAACCGUGGCUUCAUGGUGACUCGUUCAUAUACCGUGGGAGUUACGAUGAUGCAUCGGACAGGCCUCUACAACUACUAUGACGAUGAGAAGGAGAAGGUGCAGAUCCUGGAGAUGCCCCUUGCCCACAAGCUCUCCAGCCUCAUCAUCCUCAUGCCCCACCAUGUGGAGCCACUCGAGCGUCUUGAGAAGCUGCUGACAAAGGAGCAGCUGAAGGUCUGGAUGGGGAAGAUGCAGAAGAAGGCUGUUGCCAUCUCUCUGCCCAAGGGAGUGGUGGAAGUGACUCAUGACCUGCAGAAACACCUGGCGGGGCUGGGCCUAACUGAGGCCAUUGACAAGACCAAGGCAGACUUGUCCCGCAUGUCAGGCAAGAAGGACCUGUACCUGGCCAGCGUGUUCCAUGCCACUGCCUUCGAGUGGGACACAGAGGGCAACCCCUUUGACCAGGACAUCUACGGGCGGGAAGAGCUGCGCAGCCCCAAGCUGUUCUAUGCCGAUCACCCUUUCAUCUUCCUGGUUCGAGACACCCAGAGCGGCUCCCUGCUGUUCAUUGGGCGCCUGGUGCGGCCCAAGGGAGACAAGAUGCGAGAUGAGUUAUAGGGCCCUGGGGUGUACAGGGAUGCAGGAGGCAGCCUGAAGGCUCCUGAGACACAUGGGUGCUACUGGGGAAAGGUGCCAGCCUUGGAUAUUCUACGGGGUGGGGGUGGAAAAAAGACCAGGGUUCCCAUGUGUCCCAGUGGACUUGCCCAGCUAGAAUCCACUCAACAUGGACAUGGGCCUGCAGAAACCAUGAUGCUGAGCCCAGAGAGGCCACAUGCUGUGGGAGCUGGGUGUCUUGAUUCUGCCCAGUCUUCAAAGUCCUAGGUCCAGUCUUCCUCAUCCAGCCAAUCAGUGUUCCUA